UUAAGAUCAAAACCAUUGAUGAACUAUCACCACGAUCAUCUGGUCCAAUUAGCUUUACAAUUGUCCUGUUUAUUUUGUACUGAUAACACAGUCUUGAUAUCAGAAGCCUUCAUCUCACAAUCCUUACAAAACCUGUGUGAGAGUCAUGGCUUCAAAUUGGGA